GGCAAGCAGGCGAGGGAGGAGGAGAGCGCUGGUUCGUCUGCCUGCUCCUCGGACCGGCGGUUCCCUGGCGCUGCCUGAGAGGCAGAGCCGCCGCCGAAGCGAAUGGGGAGGCGGCGCUGAGCGGGGCUGCCUCCGGGGGCUCUGCAGCCGCGGGCAGCGGGCGAGCGAUGCCCCUCACUUUUCUGCUUGUGCUGCCCUUCCUCCUCCUCUUCCUCCUUAUCCUGCUCCCAGCUUUGAAGCUUUUGUUUUGCCCGGCCGCUGCGAUCGCAGGAAACUUCCUGGAGAGAUGUGCUCAGGCCGGGCUUGUGCUGCUCCGGGCUCCGCAGGGCACGGGCCACGCCGUGAGGUUGUUUGGAAAGGGAAUACUUUGCUGAACAGAACAGAACAAGAUAAUUUAUGAUUCCUGCUCUUCAUGGGACCCUGUCUGAAUUGACCCUGCAGAAUGCAACAGCUUCAUUCUUUCUUCAGUGUUCUUGGCUUAUGGGGUUAUAAACCUCACUGGAACUUUGGAUGGAAAUACUGACAUGAAUUUAAGAACUUUGAUGCUUUGAGACGUUGAAUUUUGAUUUGUUAAAUGACGAGGAAAAAGAUACUUCCUGAACAAGAUGAAAUGCCUUGUAGACCACUGGUUGUGCUUUUGUUUCUCCUGACGCAAUGGUUUUCUCAGCAAUGUUGACGCUGGCCCACUCUGGGACCUCAAAUGCUACUUUUAUUGUUUAUGAAAAUGCUUAUACGAAUUUUACCACUCCCCAGUUCUUGCUUCGUAGUGGCACAACGCAGCCACUGAGAUAUAGUUCAGGUGCUGUGCUCACCACUGAGAGAAAUACUUUUCUGAUAAAUGCUACCACUAUCCUACCGUCGCAGGAAGUUUUCAAGAGCUUGAGUUUGCCACUCCAGAUCAUUCUUUCUGCUGCUAUGAUAUUUAUCCUCUUGGUUUCAUUCCUUGGGAACUUUGUUGUCUGCCUCAUGGUCUACCAGAAGGCAGCCAUGCGAUCAGCAAUUAACAUCCUCUUAGCAAGCCUGGCUUUUGCAGACAUGCUGCUGGCAGUGCUGAACAUGCCCUUUGCUCUGAUAACAAUCAUUACCACUCAGUGGAUUUUUGGGGAUAUAUUUUGCAGAGUCUCUGCCAUGUUCUUUUGGCUUUUUGUCAUAGAAGGGGUAGCCAUUCUUCUUAUAAUUAGUAUUGACCGAUUUCUUAUCAUAGUUCAGAGGCAAGAUAAGCUGAAUCCUUACCGUGCAAAGAUUCUCAUCGUGAUUUCCUGGGCAGCAUCCUUUGUUGUUGCUUUUCCAUUAUCAGUAGGGAAUCCUAAUCUGCAGAUACCCUCGAGAGCACCUCAGUGUGUUUUUGGCUACUCUACAAGCCCAGGUUACCGAGCCUAUGUGAUAGUUAUCUUGCUGUUUUCUUUUUUUAUUCCGUUCCUGGUAAUGCUGUAUUCUUUUAUGGGCAUACUCAACACCGUCCGCCACAAUGCAGUUCGUAUCCACAGCCACCCUGAUAGCAUAUGCCUCAGCCAGGCCAGUAAACUUGGUCUCAUGAGCUUACAGAGACCUUUUCAGAUGAACAUUGAUAUGAGCUUUAAAACUCGUGCCUUCACAACCAUCUUGAUUUUGUUCCUUGUCUUCAUAGUCUGUUGGGCACCCUUCACCACUUACAGCCUUAUUGCCACAUUCAACAGCCACUUCUACUACAAGCACAACUUUUUCGAGAUAAGCACCUGGCUCCUUUGGCUCUGCUACCUCAAAUCUGCACUGAACCCACUGAUUUACUACUGGAGGAUUAAGAAGUUUCAUGAUGCAUGCUUGGACUUGAUGCCCAAAUACUUCAAGUUUUUGCCACAGCUACCUGGCCACACAAGGCGGCGCAUUCGACCCAGUGCCAUCUAUGUGUGUGGAGAGCAUCGGUCAGUUGUGUGAAGCUGAGGAUAUUUGACAAUGAUUGUUGAUUUCUGAGAUUAUUUGUUUCUAGACUUCAGGUUGAAUUUUGUUUUGUUUAAUAUGGCUUCUUCAGUGUGGCCAUAUCUUAUAACUUGAUUCAAUUUUCCAGUACUUUGUGCAAUUUUGGGGGGAAAGAUAGAAGGAAAGUGAUUGGUUAUAGUUGGGUUUACUACCAGAAUAGCAAAUGUUACCUCUAGGAUUCCAUGGAAAUCCAUUCUUUUAAAUGAAAACUACAUUUGUAACAUUUUGUCAGGUUUAUGCUUACUAGGCCUGCAAUUGCACCCAAUUGUAGGGACUUCUUAUGCUGCUAAGAUACAGUAUAUUUAGGUGGUGUAAUUUUUCUGAAAAAUGUUGCUGCUGUCUGCCAAUAUAUUAGAGCCAAAAAGUCUCAUUAGAUG